UCCACAUUUUUCACCAGAUAAAGGUUUUCAUGGUAUUCGAUUUGAAUUUGACAGAAUCGAAGGUCUCGCAUGAUUCUUUAAUGGAAGAAACUGUAUAAAAACUAUAUUAGUGGAUUCAUUAAUUUUCUUUCCGCCUUUUUUGGUAAAAAUAAUCAAACUUAAACCGUAAAUUUAACGGAAUACAGUCGUCGUCGUCGUCUUCGUCGUCAUUGUCGUCGUCGUAUAUAUCAAUAAAAUAAAGAAAACUUUUGAUUUAAAAAUCGUCUUCAUCGUAUUAAAAUAACCGUUGACCACUGAGGAAAACAAAAUAAUCCUUAAUUGUGUAAAAAUGAAGAUAUCUCUGCAAUGGUUGAUCACGAGGAAGAAGAUCAGCAGAUAGAUGAUCUUCUCUACGACUUUAUCAAACAUAUUCCCCAGCAUGAGAAAAAAAAUGUUCUCAAAAGUCUGAAACUCAAAUUUCAGCGAAGACGAAUGUCCGUGGCUGAGAUCAAGGAAGCAAUAAACCCAAUACAGAUCAGAAGAAACAGCAUUAUUCAGAAUUUACCAAACCAAAUAUUUAACCAAGUUGAUGAACAAGAUUCAGAAGAAGACGACCCCACUGAUGAGUCAGAUUGUGAAAAUGAUGGGGAUAUGGGAGUGUGGAAAAAGUCAAAUUUUGAGGAUAUCAUGCUUACUGAUGGUUCUAAAGAUGCUCCUGCAAAAGUGGAAGAUGGGAAAGCAAAUCCCAGGGAUUCCACUGCAAGUCUUUUCUCUUUUCUCAACAAGAUUCUUAACUAUAAGAAGUCUGGGGAUAAUGAUUUGAAGAUUACAAAUGAAGAAGAUGUUACUGAUCCUUCCAGCAAGUUUAACAAAGAUGAAAGUGCAGCAAAUAAUGCUGGUAGUCAACAGGAGGGUAAACUUGAUAAGGAUGAGGAAGCAUUUUAUGCCGCGUUGAAGGAACGCUUGAUUGAAGAAGAAAUGGAAACUCUUGAUGAUACAGCCAAUUCAACAUCUAAUGCGGAGACUUCAGGGAAGAUUUCUGAAAAGGAUAGAGCUUUGGCUAAUCGUAAAAGUUUGUCAAAACUUCAUGUAGAGCAGUUGAAUAAAAAAAAGGAGGCAAAAGCUUUGGAAGGAGAUACUAGCAGUCCAGUUGCCCCUUGGCUUGAUGUUGCUGAACGGGUUAACGGUCAUCCAAAAAAUAGCGCAAACAAGGACGAAGACCCAGCAAAAGAACGUUUUCGAAACAAAAGUUCAAAUCUUCCCAGGACGGAGAAUGAAAAUGAAAAUGAGGAUCUUGAUUGUUCCACAAAGAAGAUGGAGAGAUCUGUCCACAAACAAUGGUUGAUUGGGAGAUGGUUUGCUAAAAACGGUGAGGCCAAAGUCAAUGAAGAUACUCGUAACGGAUUCCAGGUUGAUAAAGAAGCUAGUAUGGAUCUUAUCAAAGAUAACGAAGAAGACAUUGACAAGUUGAAUACUCUUGAUGCUCCUGAACCUGAGAGUGUAAAAACUAUGGAAGCUGGAAAUAAAUCUUCAUCAGACAAAAAGAUUUCCGUUUCUGACCAGUUUGCAAAAAUGGAAACAAAUAGGAGUAGAAAGUCAACAGGGGAAAAAACAGGAUUGGCUCGGAUGGCAGACGAUUACAUUGAUCCCUUUAUUGUUGCAUAUUUUGAUGAGCCUGAAAGCGAGGAUGGGGAUGAGAACAAUGCCAGUACAACAAGUACAGUCAAUCAGGUUGGAGCACAACCAUCCACCAGGAGAAGAUGGAAGAGAUAUCUGUGCAGUGAAUGCUGCUGUUCAAUUAUUUAAUCAUUUUAAGUCAAGUACAGUGGUAGGCGAUUAUAUCAAUACAAUAAAAAAGACAUUUCAAGUUUGUUAAUAGAAAGUUGGUGAACAGCUUGGAUACAGAUAUAAAUAGAAGUCAAGAGAAUCUGCUAGUUAAAAAAGCUUCCAUUUGUUUACUUGUAAACUUGUUUGUAAAACAAGUUAAGUUUGUUAAUAAUCAAAACUCAAAUGAAUUUUGUGUUGAUAAAAUCGCCUACCACUGUAUCUGUUUAUUGAACACUACUGUUCACUGCAAAGUGAACACUUUACACUGUACAAUACUGUACAAGAUUAGGUUAGUCUCGAUAUUAAGAGAAAGAGAAGAUCAAGGAUGAAUCUUGAUAUCCACCAUUUUAAAGUUUUCAGCUCAGGUCACAAAAUCAUGCCAGUAAUUCAGCUUAAUAUUAUUUAAAGUUCUGUAUACUAUGAUUAAAGUUUUACCUUGUGUUUAGCAUUUUUAAAAAUUGUAUCAAGUUUCUGAACGAUAACAUAUCAAUUUGUAUAUCAAUUUAUAAAAUCCCCCCCCCCCCUCUUUCCUUGGUUUCACUUAUAUUUACAGUCGUCGCGUUGUAUAAAUUAAUACAAUGAAGAUGCCUUUCUUUUUUCCGUCAUUCUUCUAAUUAACAGCUUCUCUUUGUUACCUAGUAAACGUGUAAUUUGAAAAAUGUUUGUUAUGAAUGUUUGUAUGAUGCCCCACUGCAAUACGACUUUUAAAAGCACUGUUAAUCUGUGGAACUGUACAUGUAAAGCCAUGUGAACAUUGUGAACCUCUAUUUUUAAAGUGCCAUGUCGAAUUCAAUACGUUGUAUACCCUUUAAACCUCCAUCGGAAGUGUUUUUUUAAAAAUUUUUGAUGAAUUGAAUUGAAACUCCUGCAUAAUCACUGAAGCAUAAAAACCAUUUUUUUCUUACCAAGUUUUUUUACUGAAAGAACGAUUUUACUAAACGAUCCCGAAGUGAGAAAACGAACACAAUAUAUGGAAAAAGAACGAUAAUUUUUAGAAAUUACGAAAUCAUUUUUUUUUAAUGAUUGAAAAAAAACGAA